GCCUCCAACAGAGGAAGAGCCAGCCCCCGAGGUGGAAGAGCCUCCGGAAGUCGAAGAGGAGCCAGAACCAGAACCACAAGAAGCCCCUGUUGAGGAGGAAGUCACAGAUGAGACAAAACCAAAGCCAAAAUUCAUGCCCAAUAUCUCGGCUCCAAAGAUUCCUGAAGGAGAUAAGGUGGACUUUGAUGACAUCCACAGAAAGCGUCAGGAGAAGGAUUUAUCUGAGCUUCAGUCUCUGAUCGAGGCUCAUUUCAUCCAGAGGAAGAAAGAUGAAGAAGAACUGAUCGCUCUGGUCAACAGAAUCGAGAAGCGGCGCGGCGAGAGGGCGGAGCAGCAGAGAAUCCGUGCAGAGAAAGAGAAGGAGAGACAGGCCCGUCUGGCCGAAGAAAAAGAGAGACGAGAGCAAGAGGAACAGAGGAAGAAACAUGAUGAAGAUGCCAAGAAGAAGAAGGCCCUCACCAACAUGACACACCAGUAUGGAGGAAUCCAGCAGAAGGGUGAUGGCCGCAAAGGAGCAAAGAAACAGACGGAGAGAGAGAAGAAGAAGAAGAUCCUGGCCGAGAGAAAGAAGCCACUGAACAUCGAUCAUCUGUCUGAAGAUAAACUGAAGGAGAAGGCCAGUGAAAUGUGGCAGUGGAUGAUGCAGCUGGAGGCCGAGAAGUUUGACCUCAGCGAGAAACUCAAGAGGCAGAAAUAUGAUAUGAAUGUUCUCCAGACCCGAAUCAAUGAACAACAGAAGUUUGCCAAAGGUCGUGGCAAGGGCAAGGUUGGCGGCAGGCUGAGGUAAACACACAGCGGAUCCGGGAGCUCCAGAGAACCAGAAGACUUUGUCUGCUUCAUCACAUACAGUUGAAGUCAGAAAUAUUAGCCCUCCUGGAUUAUUUCCUCCCCUGUAUAUUUUUGAUUUACCCCAAUUUCUGUUUAACAGAGAGAUUUUUUUUUCUGGCAGUCAAAAUUUUAAUAACAAGAUACUAGUAUUCAGCUUAAAGUGACAUUUAAAGCCUUAACUAGGUUAAUUAGGGUAAUUAGGCAAGUCAUUGUUUAACAAUGGUUUGUUCUGUAGACAAUCGAAAACAAAUAUUGCCUAAGGAGCAAAUUUUUAAGCCAAAAUAAUGCAAAUAAGACUUUCUCCAGAAGAAAAACUAUAAUAGGAAAUACUGUGAAAAAUUCCUUGCUCCGUUAAACAUCAUUUAGGCAAUAUUUAUCAAAGAAAAUGGACAGGAGGACGAAUAAUUUCGACUUCAACUCUAUGCAGAGGUGGUCAUUAUAAACGCAUCGCUCUGCUUUACUGCACUAUGGAGACAGAAAAGUCUCAUACUCUACUGAUGUCGUAUAUUUCUGCUUGUUAUACACAAGUAUUCUGCAGUCCUCUCUAUAUUGUGCCACUCAUUUUAUUCCUGCAACAUUAAAAGAGUCAGAUUGUCUACAAA